AUGUCAUCGAUGCUGUUUAUCGCUCGCAAGACCAGAGAAGCCAACCAGCAAAUUGCUAUCAGCAAUAUUCUGAAUAACAUGAGAAGCAGGUACACCGAGAGUAAAGAUUCGGGUGAAGCCUUGGUCGUUAUGGAAUUCAAAAUGAAAUUGGCGUGGGGAUAUGGUGCAGUACUUCACCUAGAAGAAGCCGAGAAGGGGGAAAUUGCGUCCGUCAUAGAUAACAAGGUGGAAUUCAAUCUCAAUUCAGAUGGAGACAACAAACAAGACAGAGGAACCUCUGAUGAGGAAGGAGAGGAUGCAAACGCGAAUGCAUGGUUGGCAAAAGAAAGGUGCGAAGAGCAAGAAGAUGACGACGGUACCAAAGCAGACGAUGACGCUGAUUACGAAAUGCAGGAGAUUGCGACAAAAAAUCUUGAUCCCCAGGCGUCUACGGGGCCAGUGACAGGCAUACAUAUUACAAAGCAAUCUCAGAUUCGUCGGAGACAGAUCCGGUGGAGUCACGUUCUCUUCCUGGGCAGCCGAUUACCCUUGUUGAAUCAUGGUACAUUGUACAUUGUGCUACUCGAAGAGCUAUACAGCUCCCUUCCUUUGGAGACUGUAGUUACGGAUGAAAAAGAUGGCAUUCAGCGCAAUCAACGAGGGCUUUGA